AUGCCAGAGCUCACGCCCCCACGGCCUACAGGAACGUGUGCGGCGCUCGGCACCGAGCUCAGCAACGACAACAACACAACACAAUCGCAGGCCAACGUCACCAUGUUGCGACCACGCGCUCUGGCGGCCAUUUGCGGGCUCGCAAGACAAUCGCAUCACGGAAAGCGAUCCUUUGGCUUCUCUAGUAGGGCUGGGUCCCAGCCGACGAUGGACUACAUCCCAAUGCCAUAUAUUGAAGAGACAUCGGAACGCAUUGUCUGCCUAAAUGGCGAAAUCAACGAUUACAUGUCUGCGUCGGUCGUUGCUCAGCUCCUAUGGCUCGAAUCCGAUACGCCCGAGAAGCCCAUCACCAUGUACAUAAACUCCCCAGGAGGCUCAGUGACGUCAGGAAUGGCCAUCUACGACACUAUGACCUAUAUCAAAUCUCCCGUAUCGACUGUUUGUGUUGGUGGCGCUGCCUCGAUGGCGGCGAUUCUCUUGGCCGGCGGCGAAGCAGGGAAACGAUUCGCAUUGCCACACAGCUCGAUUAUGAUUCAUCAGCCGCUGGGCGGGACGCGAGGCCAAGCAUCGGAUAUUUUGAUAUACGCCAACCAAAUACAGCGCAUUCGGGAACAGUCAAAUAAGAUCAUGCAGCAUCAUUUGAACAAGGCAAAGGGCACCGACAAGUACUCGCUAGAAGAGGUCAAUGAUAUGAUGGAGAGAGACAAAUAUCUAAGUGUUGAAGAGGCCUUGGCGCUGGGGGUCAUUGACGAAGUCUUGACGAAAAGAACGAACAAGAAAGAGGGGGACGCAAAGAAGACGGACGGUUAA